AUGAUCACCAAGAACAACGAACACAACACCCACAAGACGUCCAAGAUGAAUCAGCAAGAUUUGAGACGACUCGAGCAGGAAUCAGCUUAUGCCACGGCUUUGCUUCGCAGUUUGCAAUUCAGUGGGGUCAAGUUUCUUCGAUAUUUCACUGUUGACCUAUACAACAACGUUCGUUGCAAGGUCAAACCUGUCGAUCAACUCCUCGUACAAUCGAACAUUUCUCUGGACCAUCAAUUGUCCGUCGCCGAAAUAUGCUAUGGUGGCCUUCCCUAUUCCGCGGAUGCCAUGACUCCAGGAACUGGCUUGGAUGCCCGCAACGUCCUGAAUAUUCAACCAGAUUUGAGCAGUUUUCGAAACCUUCCGUAUGCUCCAAAGUCAGCAUUGAUCAUGGGCAAUCUAAUGAAUCAAUACACAGGCGAGCCAAGUCCACUUUGUACGAGGAGUCUCCUGCAACGUGUGGUUCAAGACGCCAAGCAUACCCAUAACAUUGGAUUUGCGGUUGGCGUGGAGUUGGAAUUCUGUCUAAUGUCAAGCUUGACUGACUUUGCUGAUCGAUCUACCUUUGCCAAUACAAUAUCCCUGAACGAACAAGAAGACUUUUUGGUAGACUUGUACGAUCAGCUGAAGCAACAAUACAUUGAGAUCGAAACCAUUCACUCCGAAUCGGGACCUGGUCAACUGGAAGUUGUCUUGAAAUAUUCCAAAGAUCCCGUCCAGUUGGCCGAUAGUGUAAUACUAGCCCAGGAAACCAUUCGCGCCAUGGCCAAGAAAUAUGCCUUUCGGGCAAUCUUCCUUCCCAAGUACGACAUGAUGCAAGCGGGCAAUGGAAUGCACGUGCACAUGUCCAUUUUCGAUUCCACCACUGGAGCACCAAUAUUGUCCAAUGAUGGUGGGGCUGGCCUUUCCGCCAAGGGAGCUUCCUUUGUCGAAGGCCUCUUGCAGCAUCUGCCUGCAAUAAUGGGAUUGACCAUGCCAACAGUCAAUUCCUUUCGUCGGGUUGGACCUGGAUGCUGGACAGGGAGUCAAUUGGGUUGGGCCUUGGAAGACAAGGAAUCUGGCGUCCGGGUGUGCUCCGAUUUGGCAACACAAGAAUGGAACCAUGUCGAAGUUAAGUUUGUAGAUGCCUCCUGUAAUAUUUAUCUGGCAUUGGCUGGUCUCUUGUCCUCUGGACUGGACGGGGUUGCGCAAGAGUGGACCUUGCGCCCCUCGUUGGAUGAAAAAACGAAUGCGGAUGAUAAUUCCAGUUGUAUUCCACCACGUCCAUUGCCAGAGAAUGUCAUGGAAGCUCUACAAACACUCGAAAAGGAUGACCACUUGAUGAAACUCAUGAGUCCCACCAUGAGUCAAGCCUAUCUUGUUGUCCGCAAGCAUGAUGCAGAAGCAAGCAUUUCGAACGGAACCAGCUUGCAAGACGAAGUCCAGGCAGCAUACCAUCGAUCGUAG